GAUUGGUUGCACACAGUACGACAUCGACCCCGGAUCGGGUUCCCGCUGCAGUUUCACACCGCAUUAUCACAGCCAUCAAUUCCGCAUCUUCGUAUCCAUGUAGAGUUGGAUUCCCGGAAGUCCUAUAAGCGAUUGUUGCCCCGAUCCCAAUACUCGCUGGCAUAGGACGCCUCGACGCCGUGGUUCCAGCUUCAGCUGGCAGAGGUGUUCCACGAGCUUUAGUACCCCAUCGCUUCGUGCGAAAAAGCACAUCUAGGAAUCGAAAAUGCCAGCAGUUCGGGAGCUGCUAGUAGGUCGGACGGGGGCGGCUUUGGAGCAAUUUGGGGCUGUGGUAUCGCAUGCUGAUCGAAACGUCAUCGACACCGUUUCAACGCUCCUCCGCCGAGUCAACGUACCAUCUAACAGGACGAGUCCAGCUGGACUAAUCGAGGCCAACACCGUUGAUCCAUGGAACAAGAGUGGAAAAUAUGCAUUGGCCUACGUCUACUUCUGCAUACCUCUGCUCCUCAUUGCAGCGCUCAUGCGAUACUACCACCUAUUCACCGACAAAAUACGGACCGCAUUACACCAAGAAGAGGUAUUGCAAUCCUCUACGACAUCCUCUCCCGACACAGAUUACGAGCUAUCGGUCCUGUAUACUGACAAGUCCACCAUGAAGUUCUUUCCCCGCGAAGGCCCGUUACCAGGCGGACCAAAAACGCAGUCGAGUGUGUCAUCUGUCGGACCCAUCAACAAUCUGGUGGCCUUCUUCCGCUUCAUCUUCUACCGCCCGGUUCGACAGAUCAACAUCCGAAAAGGAUGGAGGCCCUUGGUUUUCCCCUCUUUGAGUGUUAUCGUCAUCGGCCUGCUAGCACUGCUUGUAGGCAUUCUCUACUGCACACUUCCGCAACCGCUGUUCUGGGAAAGCAUUGCCUACGGAUCGCCGCCACUCGCAGUCCGCUCAGGGAUGAUGGCGGUCGCGCUUUUACCUUGGAUCGUCGCGCUGUCCUCGAAGGCAAAUCUUAUCACGAUGGUCACUGGCAUUAGUCACGAGCGAUUGAAUGUGCUGCAUCGGUGGGCUGCGUACAUCUGCCUCGUGUUAAGCAUUUUGCAUGUUGUGCCCUUCUAUAUCACCCCGAUCUGGGAAGAUGGUGCGCGCCACGUUUUCGAGCCUUUUUUCGCGCGAAAAGGCUUCUAUGUUUACGGUACUGGACUCGCAGCGUUCGUACCUCUGUGCUUCCUUUGCUUGCAUUCCAUCGCUCCUCUUCGCCACCGAAUGUACGAACUCUUCGUGGCGCUUCAUGUACCCGUCGCCAUCGUCUUCCUUGGGAUGAUGUUCUGGCAUUGUAACAACUACCUCACCUCAUGGCACUAUCUGCUAUCUACUGUAGGCAUAUGGCUGCUCUCCUACAUCAUGCGACUAUUCUACCUCAAUUGGACUCGACCAGGACGCUUGUCUUGGCUCAUCGGCGAUGAAGCUGCCAUCACACUGAUGCCAGAAAAUGCGAUCAAGGUUACUAUCCCCACUCAGAUGAAGUGGAGGCCUGGGCAGUAUAUCUACCUACGCAUGCCUGGAAUCUCGGUCUUUGAAAACCAUCCGUUCACCAUUGCAUCGCUAUGCGACGAUGACUUCCCAUCAGAGUACGGCGAGGGCUAUAAGGAUAUGGUGCUCGUCUUCCGACCAUUCGGGGGUUUCACGAAGAAGGUUCUUCAAAAGGCACUCGAACAUGGCCCAUGGCACACGUAUCGCGCCUUCGUUGACGGCCCAUACGGAGGCAUGCAAAGACGUAUCGAAGCUUUCGAGGACGUUGUUCUCAUUGCGGGUGGCAGUGGAAUCACCGCCAUUGUUUCCCAGCUUCUCACACUCAUCAAGAAGAUGCGCGAUGGCAAGGCCGUCACACGUAAAAUCCAUGUCAUAUGGGCACUCAAGCGCCCUGAGACCAUGGAAUGGUUCAAAGAAGAACUGCGCAUUUGCCGCGAAUACGCACCACCAGAGACGGUAGAGUGUCAAUUCUACAUCACAGCCGCGAAACGCAACCCAGGCGGCACACUUGUCAGCGCAAAGACACCCACACGGCCGGUGUCUCUCUACUUCCACGACAAAGUCAACGGCGCCUUCCAAAAUAUCGCCGAUCAUCGCCUCUCGGGCAUCUCAUCAAAGCGACAUUCCGCACUGAUUCGUGAUGAAGCCCAAGGCGACCCAGAGAAAGAAAGCGAACUUCGUCGCGAAAACGAAGACAACAUCACCGCCCUCCCACAAGCACAUUUCGUCCCUGUCAACAGAGGCUACCUGGCGCCGCCGCGACCAAGCUUUCAGAGCAGUCGCCUCUCGGAAGAAUCUUCGAAUCCCGAUGUCAUCUCGCCCGUCCCGCAACGCUCCCUCGCCGCCCGCCGCCAAGAGCGCAACCUCUCCCUGGACAUUUCACAAGCCCUCCAAUCCGGCUCCGGAGCCAUCAACCCCGACAUCACACAGGACCCCACUGAAGGCGUACAGGGCUUCGAUUUUGGUUUCCCAUCUACGCCCACCGAGUUCCAGAAGAAUCUUAUGCGGUUCGCGUUCCUGCCUGCUGCGGUCAAGAAGAAGGACGGCUGGAGCACCGAAUAUGGACGGCCUGAUAUACCAUACCUAUUGAAGGGACUAGGCAGGAAUUUUGGGAGGAGGACGUGUGUGUUUGUUUGCGGCCCGCCGAGUAUGAGGGUUAGUGUGAGCGAGACGGUUGCGCAGAUGCAGAGGAGUAUCUGGAGUGAUAGUAAUAGGGAUGAGAUUUUCUUGCAUACGGAGAACUACGCCCUCUAGGCGGUGCUGCUGCCGAUCGCCUUGGGUUGGCUUUUGGAGGGUUAUUUUCUUUAUGUUUGUGCAUAGCGUGGUCUUGUGGUUGGAUUUGGCUGUUUAUACCCACCUUUUUUUCGGUUUCGUUUCUUACUGUAUCUAUUUGACCGCCUACAUGAGGCUAUAGUUCGGUCUCCUCUCUUAUUGAAAUGAAGGAUAUCCGGCUUGAGAAGCCCAGU